AUGGCGAUCAAGAAGGGCGGCGCGGCGGCGUCGGGGCUGAAGCAGAUCCUGAGGCGGUGCUCGAGCCUGGGGCGGCGCCAGCAGCAGCAGCAGCACAGCGGAGAGGAGGACUACAACGAGGACGAAGAGGCGACCGGGCUGCCGUCCGACGUGCCGCGGGGCCACUUCGCGGUGUACGUGGGCGAGCGGCGGUGCCGGUUCGUGGUGCCCAUCGCGCUGCUGGACCGCCCCGAGUUCCGGUCCCUGCUGCGGCGCGCCGAGGAGGAGUUCGGGUUCGCGGGCGCCGGCGCCGGCGGCAUCCUCGUCCUCCCCUGCGAGGAGGUCGCCUUCCGCUCCCUCACCUCCGCGCUCGCCUGCGCCGGCGGCGCCCGGUGA